CCACAUCCCUUUUGCCCCUCUUGUUUGUUCUCUCUCUCUCUCUCUGUCUCUCUCAAACCCUAGCUAGAUCUUCUACCUAUACCUUUCUAGGUCCCUGCUCUAUAUAUAACCCCCAAACCCUAGCUAGAAGAACACUGAGACAAAAAGACCUAACAGUUAGUUUAUACAUAAUAAGCUAAUUAGAGACGCAGCUAGUCUACCUAGGUAGGUACCUAGAGAUUUAGAGAGAGAAAGAAGAGAGAGGGAGAUCAUGCCGCAGACCCCCUCGACUCGGUGGUGUCCGACGCCGGAGCAGCUGAUGAUACUGGAGGAGAUGUAUCGAAGCGGGGUUCGGACGCCGAACGCCGCGCAAAUACAGCAGAUCACAGCCCACCUCUCGUUUUACGGGAAGAUCGAGGGGAAGAAUGUGUUCUAUUGGUUUCAGAACCACAAGGCGAGGGACCGGCAGAAGCUGAGGCGGCGGCUUAGCCGCCACCAGCAGAUGCUUCAUCACCAGCUCGGCCACCACCCGGAUCAGGAAGCUUCUCCUCCCCCUCCUUCGACACCGCCGCCCGCGGCUGCCACCGCUUCUGGUUCCCAUCCUAAUAUUCAACUCCACCCACACAACUCAUCUCCCUUUUUUCAUCAGGGCUACUUCCAAGAGGCAGUAGACAUGCAAGGAAUGGAUUUGGUGGGCAAGUUGGGUGCUGGUGAAAGCUCAGAAGAAGAGUCAACAAAUGCAUAUGAUCAUCAAGAAUGGAUGACUAUGAUGGGCCUCAGUUGUACUGCUAGUACAUCUCUCCCACCAUCCUGCAAACCUCCCAAAACCCUAGAUCUCUUUCCCCUCAAGAGCAGUGGCCUCAAAGAUGAAUGCACCUCCUCUAAAUCCUCCUCAUGCUCCACCUCCACCAAUUAAUUAACCAAAUGCAAUUAGUUAAAGACCAUAUCAUUAGUUUUUAGCUUGUUUACCUCUACUAGCUAGUCUCUUUCACAUGCAUGUGAUCAUGCAUGGACCAGUAUGUGUCUAGUUGUUCUACUACUUAUGCUCAAGCUAAUUAGUCAUUGAACCCAUGGAUUGUAUCCUGUCUCUCACUACUGUUUGAAAGAAGUUGGUGCAAUUUGUAUCUUUUUGCUGACCUACAAGAGCACUUUUUCUGU